AUGGGCAGUUGAUCGUGGUUGGAGAUAGGCUAACAUGUAGUUGUAGCUAGUUAAUAAAGAGUUAUGUUAAGAAACAUCCUGUAGUUCUGCGUUUUAUUAUUUUGUACAAAGUGUACAAAACAAAACAUUUGUCAAUGGCGAAUCUUCAUUGAAAGUGCCAGUUACAAAACCUUAAUUGAUAGUGAAGCCCGGGGAACUGGCCUUAAAGCUGAGAUCCGCAGUGUGAAGCAGCGCCACUGCAUUUGUUCCUGUUUUGUUUUUGAAAGAGUCAGACUGCCAUCAGCAGGCUGAAGCUACUAUCACUUUGGUGCAGGUUGCCCCAGAGCAGCAGCAGUUAUGUACUCAAGAGUGGGGCCUCCGUCUAAGACAGGAGGACCCAGAGCCCACAGUGCCACGGUGUAAAGAGGAAGAGGAUACACACUGGAUCAGUGAGGUUGAAGAGCACAUUCAAAGGCUGGAGUCUGAUCCCAAAGAUCCAGACCAAGUAUCCACUUCUGAAGAUUUCACAUUCCAAAUGGAGACAGAAGGAUCAGUAAAUGAAACCAUCAAACUGAAAGUUAUCCUCAACGACAACAGAAUAGAGAAAGUGAUUCUGCCCGCUCAACCUGACUCACUGAAUGAGCUGAUAUCAACACUCAAGGAGAAACUGCAUCUGAAUUUAGAUUUUCGUCUUCUUUAUGAAGACCCUGAUUUCAACAAUGAGCUCUUCAACUUAGAGACCAUUGAAGACUUGCCUUCUCCUAGGGCUACGGUGAAAGUUUUGCGAAUACGAUGUGAUACAGACCUCGGUUUAACCGGAGUCUCAGCCAGCGAGUUACAGGACGCCCCACCAGAGCGGCUAGGCAGGUGGCCUGAGGUAUUUGUCAUACCCACUUUCUCAAUGGAAGUUGAGUUUGCUCUGAGAGAGGGCAAUUGUGCAUAUCUGAGACAUGAAACGGUGCUGAAAAUAACAAGGGAUCAAAAACACAACAUUCUUGAUAGGAUGGCUUGGACAAUCUUCAAUUUCAAAGCGUACCCAAGUGACAGGCAUUUUGCCAAGGCAGCUGAGGCCCUUGUAACCAAGCACCCGUGUUUGAAAGAGCCCGGCUCAAAAACAGGCUGUGAUGGCUGGAAGAACAGCCUGAAAUUCAAAAUGGGAAACUACAGGCAGAAGUUACGCCGUGUUGGGUUCCCAGAGGUUGCUGUGAACGGGGGGAGGAGGAGCAAGCAUCGUCCUGACAAUGAGCACGCUCGGAGCAACAUUAAACGAGCACGCCGGGCAGAGGUGAACUUCCUGCCCAACUUCCCUCAAGGAGAAGACGAGGCCAGCCUGGAGAAACAGAGACUGGAGAUGGUCCACGAGAUGACGAAAGAAAACCAAGACCUGCCACUGUGGGACCCAGAGCCCACAGUGGCACAUUGUAAACAGGAAGAGGAUACACACUGGAUCAGUGAGGUUGAAGAGCACAUUCAAAGGCUGGAGUCUGAUCACAAAGAUCCAGACCAAGUAUCCACUUCUGAAGAUUUCACAUUCCAAAUGGAGACGGAAGGAUCAGUAAAUGAAACCAUCAAACUGAAAGUUAUCCUCAACGACAACAGAAUAGAGAAAGUGAUUCUGCCCUCUCAACCUGACUCACUGAAUGAGCUGAUAUCAAUGCUCAAGGAGAAACUGCAUCUGAAUUUAGAUUUUCGUCUUCUUUAUGAAGACCCUGAUUUCAACAAUGAGCUCUUCAACUUAGAGACCAUUGAAGACUUGCCUUCUCCUAGGGCUACGGUGAAAGUUUUGCGAAUACGACGUGAUACAGACCUCGGUUUAACCGGAGUCUCAGCCAGCGAGUUACAGGACGCCCCACCAGAGCGGCUAGGCAGGUGGCCUGAGGUAUUUGUCAUACCCACUUUCUCAAUGGAAGUUGAGUUUGCUCUGAGAGAGGGCAAUUGUGCAUAUCUGAAACAUGAAAUGGUGCUGAAAAUAACAAGGAAUCAAAAACACAACAUUCUUGAUAGGAUGGCUUGGACAAUCUUCAAUUUCAAAGCGUACCCAAGUGACAGGCAUUUUGCCAAGGCAGCUGAGGCCCUUGUAACCAAGCACCCGUGUUUGAAAGAGCCCGGCUCAAAAACAGGCUGUGAUGGCUGGAAGAACAGCCUGAAAUUCAAAAUGGGAAACUACAGGCAGAAGUUACGCCGUGUUGGGUUCCCAGAGGUUGCUGUGAACGGGGGGAGGAGGAGCAAGCAUCGUCCUGACAAUGAGCACGCUCGGAGCAACAUUAAACGAGCACGCCGGGCAGAGGUGAACUUCCUGCCCAACUUCCCUCAAGGAGAAGACGAGGCCAGCUUGGAGAAACAGAGACUGGAGAUGGUCCACGAGAUGACGAAAGAAAACCAAGACCUGCCACUCAUCAAUCAACACAUGCAGAAGACAUUUGCUCUCCGACGCCAAGAAAUAGUUAAAUCCAGUCCCUCGGUAGAGCAUCUCAGAACACGCUGGCCAGCACUCUUCCUUGAAGCCCAGGUACAUGCUGAGUUUCAGAGAAUCACCAACCAGAGCCUGCAGCAGACGUUCUACACUGCCUUGGACCACCACACGCCCCGCCUGCUGACCCUGUUCAGGGAGAAGGAGGGGAAGUCCACCACUCAUGGAGGGAAGUUCUCAAGCAUCCUGAGAGUGUACAACGAGCAGUUCACUUCACAGGGAGAAAAGAACAUCACCGGGGCCCGUUCUGCAGUCCUGGCUGGUCUCCCUUUGUUGUUACGAGAGGAUAGUUCUGAUGUCUUCAAAAUCUGUGAGGUGGGAGAACUCAGCAACCCUGGUAUUCUGGAUGGAGUUUCCAUUCUCUCAGUGGUGGGCCAGCACAAUGAGGUGGUGGGUGGUAUACCCAUCAGACCGGCCCAUGUAUCCAUUGUCCUUGAGGAUGAGAUCGUCAUGACUAACUCCCGCUCCUGGCCAGACGCUCUCGUGGUUGUUUUUGGGCUACUCUACUCCCUCCAUCUGAACUACCCCAAAGCCCUGGGCAGCACCUUUGAGUUCAUGCAGAAAGUCUUCCUGAACCUCGACGAUGGAAAGCUGAAGCCCAAGCUGCUAGCGCUGAAAAAUGAACUGUUGGCCUAAAUCUGUAGUGAUGAGAUGGAAUUUUACUUUCAGUGACCUCCUAUAUGCCGAGUGAGUGGUUUGAAAACAAUGGUUAUUUUUAUUUAGUGUACUUUUUAUAUUUUUGUACCUUUUUUGUGAAGGUAAUGGAUUUGAUAUUGUAUUUCAAUUAACUUAUAACCCUUUUAUGUGCAAAGAAGACACAGGUCAGUCAGCACAUUAACUUGCCACAUACAGUAGGUCUGUGACCCAGUUCUCUACCUUUUAUACAGCUGCAGAAAACCCCCAAAUGUAUUCUAGAAGAUUUCACCUUUGCAGACAUUCCAACUGUCGUAAAAAUAAAUGUUGAUAAAAUGUUUAUUAAAGUGUCUUUACCUGC